AUGGAAUUCUUUACCAAACAAGAGAAGGACACUGUAAUGCAGUUCACGGAUAUCUCACCAAGAGUUAGGCAGCAUUUAUGACAAGUCUAUGCAACUCUGUGAAUAGGAUGACUAUGUGCAGCCACAGCUUGUAUGUGGACGCCUUCUUGUGUUACUAAGCUCAUUGUUGAAGAAAUUUUGUUCUCUUGUCUCUGUGUUGGAUUAAUUUUAGCAUUAGCAUUUGUAAUGCUGAAGAAGGGAGGAAACAAUGACCAAUUUGUUAAAUCAGCGUGAUUCUUUGCUAUUUCAUUCAUAAGUGGGAUAGGCCUGAGGCCAUUAGUGGAUCGAGCAGCAGAGGUAGACCCUAUUAUUGUUACUAAUGCUCUAGUAUAUACUGGAUCUCUCUUUGGUACCUUUACAUUCUUCAGCCUUACAACUGAGAGAAGAAAGAUGCUCUUCAUUGGAGGUUUCAUUGGGUCUAUUUGGCUGGGUAUUUCUACCACGUAUCUAAUUUCAUGGAUCUUUGAGAUUAGCUUGGUUGAUUACCUCCAGUACAACAUACUAAUUCUUGCUUGAUUAAGCCUCUUUGUAAUCUACAAUACCCAGCUUAUAGUAGAGAAGGCCAGUAUGGGAGACUAUGAUUACACCAUUCAUGCUACUGAAUUAUUUAUCGUACUAUUGAGGAUCUUCAUCAAAAUAGUGGUCAUAUUGAUCAUCCUUUCCAUGGUUGCUAAAGCAAAUAGUGAUAAGAAGAAAAAAGAAAAGGACGGAGAUAGUUCGGAUGAGGACGCCCAAUAACCUGUUUCUUAAGUAAUUUUAAU